UUAAGGGGCGAACUGAGCGGCGGUCCCGCUCCCGCCAUCUUUGACGAGGGCGGGCUCGGGCUCUGGGCGGCUUUGGACACGCGUGUGCGCGCGUGUGUGUAUGAGUGUGCGUGUCUGGGGACGGUUAAUUUCGGAGGAGCAACUGUGUGGUGUUGUGGAGGGGGGAACCUAUUCCUGAGAAACGAAAUAGGAGAGAUUGUAACUCUUCCGAUGGGCUCACCCACAAAGGUGGCGUCCAGGUACCAUUCUUCGGAGCCUGUCUUUGGAGCAGUGGCCGGCGGAGUUAUCCAAGAUGCUUUGCUCCACAUGGCCAGGGAGAAUGAGCAGUAUCUGAGCGAACUGCGGGAAGAGGCAGGUUGCUUUAAAGAGACACAGAUCGUGGAAUUUGUGUUUCUUCUGUCCGAAAAAUGGAGCCUGACUGAAUCGGCAAGAUACCAAGCCAUAGAAAUAUUUGAAAGGUUCAUGCUUACACUCAUUAAAGAGGCUUCUCAUCUCACGAGAGCAAAGGAGGAAGACAGCAAGUGGGCCUCAGUGAAACAGCAGAUUGAGGGCACAUAUGUGCUGCGCCUGGUCUCUUGCAUCCAGCUUGCCAGCAAGCUCUCCUUCCAUUAUAGUAUAGUGAAUAACAACGUGGUUCUGAGGUUUCUGAAGUCUUUGGGCUUCUCCUAUACCACAGAAGAACUACUGGAAUCUGAACUGGCCAUUUUGAAGGCUCUGCAUUUCCAAAUCAAUUUUCCAGCCCCUUUUGCUUAUGUUGAAAUGCUGCUGGAGGUUUUAGGGUACAAUGGCUACAUGCUGCCCACAAAACAGCUGCUUGAAAUGUGCAGACAUUUGCUGGCUUUAACGUACCUCUUGCGGAGCAGCGUUUAUGACACCUUGCUGAAGACUUCGAUUAAAAACUCCUCUCCGAAUGAGCUCCAGCUGGCGAAGUUUCUGCCAGUGAAAGAAGAUCUCAUGCUAUUGGCUGUCGGAGUCAUUGGGGCAAGCACUUUCCUCCUGAAUCCCGAGGGCUUGAAUCAGGUUACGGAAUACCUCAGCGACACCACAGGCAUCGGUCGGCAAGACAUUAUUGAGGCAGUCUACGCAAUUCUGAAGCACAGCGUGGGCAACGACUAAUUUCUUCCACCUUCAUCCCCUGCCCUCCAAACAGCAUGCUGCCACACUUCAUCUGGGGCUCUCAAAGAGAUGGUUGUGCUCCCAAGAAACAAGGCAACCAGUUAUAUUUAAAUGUUAAUGCUUACACCUCACAGGCUUUUGUCCUGUUACCAUAACCUUUUGAGAAGGCCUGGGGCGGGCACUUAAAGAGGACAGUUAGGCCUACGACUAUUGAUGUCUUGCACAGUUACAACACUGGUGAAGAAGCAUGGCUCCUGAGGGCAGACACUGAGAUGUGUGUGCUGCCGCAACAGGAGAAGAAUGUUUCUUCUGAAGGCCUCCCUGGAAGGGAUAAGUCUCAGUGUAAGUGGAUGAACUCAUUCACAAGGGAAGAAGAAACAUUAAAUGCAUCUAUGGCAGCUCAUGAUAAA